AUGGAUGAUGAUAUAUUAUUCAAUGAGGCUCGAGAGCUUGAAAAAAGAUUUCUUCAAUUCAAACAAUUUUGGAAUGAUUUGAUCCAUCAAUCAGAGUUACUGGACAAAGAAGAAUUGUCUCUGUGUGAUAAAUUAUCUAAAUUGAAUUUAAAAAUAGACGAUUUACAAAUAACUAAGAUUGAACUUGACGAACUAAGGUGUAAAUUGGAAACAGAUGUGGACGAUUUAACUGAAAAGAGUAAACAAUAUGAAUUUUUAAAUACUCAUCUCGAAGCUCUGAAUCAACGCAAGUAUCUAUUGGAAAAAUAUUCAUUGACAAAUGGAUUAGAAUUAGAAGAAAAUGCAUUAAAAGAUAAAAUAGAUGAUGUAUGGAAGUAUUUCAACAAUAAAAAUUCUAAAUUGGAUGAAGAAAUUAAAGUUCUAGAACUGAAAUUAGCUAAUCGUCAAGAGAUUGUUUCUAAAAUAUUUGAAAAAGAAUGUAAUCAAUACAAGAAAUCUAUAGAAAAACUUAAGGAUGAAAACAGUGUAUUAAAUAAAAAAUUAAGCUUGAUUAGUAAGAUCAAAGAAAACUCAGAUGAAUAA